AUGCUGCCUCCCGGUAGAUGGCAGCUGCGCCGGGCUUAGAGGCAGCGCGCAGAGAGCGCGCAGCGCGGAUGGCGUAGGGCGAGACGGGGCGCAGCGCUGCGCCCGCUCCCCGCGCUCCCACGCGUGGAACCGCUCCCACGGCGAGCGGAGGGGCCCAGUCGCCUCCCCGAGUUUAUGUCACCAUGCAGCACUAUGGAGUGAAUGGUUACUCCCUCCACGCCAUGAACUCGCUGAGUGCCAUGUACAACCUCCACCAGCAGGCAGCUCAGCAAGCCCAGCAUGCCCCUGACUACAGGCCCUCGGUGCAUGCCCUCACCUUGGCAGAGAGACUGGCUGACAUCAUUUUGGAGGCACGUUAUGGAUCCCAGCACCGCAAACAAAGGCGGAGUCGCACAGCCUUCACUGCCCAGCAGCUGGAGGCACUGGAGAAGACCUUCCAGAAGACUCACUACCCAGAUGUGGUGAUGAGAGAGCGGCUGGCUAUGUGCACAAACCUACCUGAAGCCAGAGUGCAGGUUUGGUUCAAGAAUCGGAGAGCCAAAUUCCGGAAGAAGCAGCGUAGCCUCCAGAAGGAGCAGCUGCAGAAGCAGAAGGACUGUGAGGGGAACCGCAGUGAGGGAAAAUCUGAGCCACCUGUGCUAGAGACCCAGAUCACCACCCCAGACACUGAGAAGGUCCAGAGCCUCCCAAGCGAAGUAAGCGCAGACCUCAGCCUCACCCUGUCGGAGCAGUCGGCCAGCGAGUCAGCACCUGAGGACCAGGCUGACAGAGAGGAGGAGUUUAAGAGCACCUUGGAGGAGGCUAAAGUGGACAAGAGCCCUGGUGUGGACAGCAAGGCUUUGAACUGCAAGAGAGCAAGCCCAAAAUCAGAGUCCCCAAUCAGCGCAACUGUGACGCCUUCAUCGAGCAGUGGCCUGGCUCAGACUCACUCCUACUCCUCCUCGCCCCUGAGCCUCUUCCGCCUGCAGGAGCAAUUCCGCCAGCACAUGGCAGCCACCAACAACUUGGUCCAUUACUCCUCCUUCGAAAUGGGGACACCCUCUGCCAUGCCCUACUUGGGCAUGAAUGUCAACAUGGCUCCGCUGAGCUCCCUGCACUGUCAGUCCUAUUACCAGUCGCUGUCCCACGCUCAGCAGGUGUGGUCCUCACCCAUCCUGCAGGCCUCCAGCUCCCUUCCAAGCCUGAACAGUAAAACAACGAGUAUUGAGAACCUAAGGCUCCGGGCAAAGCAGCACGCAGCAUCCCUCGGGCUUGACACCCUACCCAACUGA